AUGGUCUCGGGGUGGUGUCCGUGCGUGCCACUCGGCCGCCGGGAAUCAUCGGGCCAGCAGCAAUCGGCCUCCUCUUCGAGGAGCAUCGGGAACGACGGUGCACCGUUCACCGUCAGCGCCGCGACCGAUCACGCAGAAAUGGUCCAAAUGUUCUACUACGAGAACCGCGGCAAAUGCUGCAAGAAGCUUCUCCGAUACAACGGAUAUCCGAACAAGGUGCUUCUGUUUCCGGAGGAGGGCUGGGCGAGAAGCGCGAGUAGUUCCUACUGGACCUUGACGCCGUUCUGGUGGAGUCGAAGUCGGUGCAAGGUCGUCGAAGUUGCUGGGACCAGGAGGUACAGCACUCAGGCGAAAAUGGUGGACACGGGAACUGGGACGCUUUACAUUAUCGGCUCUUUCAAGAGAAUGACGACCGAUCCCGAUUUCAAGUUGUACCUGACGUCGAACGUUUCGUCGAGCGACUUCAACAUGGGUUACAGUAUGACGGGUACGCUGGAACGUGGCUGCAAGAAGACCAACUCAUUCCAGAUGACUCACUUUGCGGUGAUCCGUCGACGGGACUACGAGAAGGCCUACGAGGACCCGAACACCACCUAGUGUCCGUCCACACCCACGCUGUCCGAGUGUGGGGAUUGCGAACACUACACGUAGAAUGGAAAGAGCCGCGUCGCGUUUCUACGGCUCUUUCCUCCUCGAGGAAUCUCUUUCUCGUCCGGAGAACGACGAUCGCGUCGCGUGUACCGCGUCUCCGGACGCUUGUCUCUUCCGGUUCGUGAAUUGACAGGAAUCGCGGAGGAGCCGGGAGGACC